AUUUACAAAAUAUUAGACUUGGAGCUAAAAGAAGUCAGGAAUGAAAUGGUCAUGUUCUUUUAUUACUAUUAACUAUCUGAGGAAAUAUGAAGAACAGGUAGAACAUGCAAACUCCAUGCACACAGAGCAGGCACCACUGUGCCACUAUGGAGAAACAUAUAGGGUUCAACAGUUUCAAUAAUGUGCGCUCAUGAAGUUGUUUUAUUUGUCCCUAUAUUCUUUUUUUUAAUUUUUAUUUAAGGUCAUUAAAGAGAUCUGAAAAAUCUGCAAGUAUAGCAACUAAGGCAAUAAGUUGGGAGCACUGUUUACUUUUUAAAGAGCAAGGUUAAUUAUUCUCUCUUUGGUGCUCUCUGUGCAGUAAUGAAAAUUGUCCAGUUUUUCCACCUGGUGUCUCUGUUUGCUGUCCCUUGUGAUUACAAACAAAAUCACUCCUUAAGUAACCGCAAAUGCGCACCUGUUUGUCAUAUUUUAUGCGGCAAACAUACCUAAAGAAAUAAUUAAAUGGUGUGUUUCCACAUGCCCUGCCUGCUCAAAAAAGUUGCACUAACUUUUUUAUAUGACCACCUUUAGCUGUGAUUAUGCCAUGCAAUGUGGUGGCCAGUUAAUGUGCGAAAAUGGUUCCUCAUGCUUCUAGGGUGAAUUUCACGAUGGAGUGUGCCUGAAGAAAGAAUCCACAGAUGUUAUAACCUGGUCAUUCAGUAUAUUCAGGUCAUCAGUUGACCUCAUUUUAUUGACGCAUAACGUUGCUGAGUCUAGACUGACCUACUUAAGCAACUCAUGGCACUGCCUCCAGAGACUUGUCCAGCGUUUUUUUUGGGGUGAUCACCUUUUGCAUUUAAAAGUCUUUAGGUACACCAUGUUAAAGGUCAAAAAGAGCAAAAAAUGGAGCUGCAAGAUGUGUGGGGAAAAACAGUCGCUCAUAAAGGAAUAUGGCAGGGGGACAGGUGCAGACUGCAGACGCCACGUCCAGAAGCUGAAUUCACUGCGCGGAGAGCUGCUAGAGGGGGAAAAUGAAAGAGCCCGGACUCAGUGGCAAAAGGAAGAGGAGUGUGAAGUAGAAAUCGGCCCUGAAGAUGGGGCAACAAAAAAGUGGGAGCAAAAGGCCCCAGAUGUAAGCCGCUGGAAUAAAUAUGUGGAUCAGAAAGAGAAUGGGCCAGAAUGUAAUGAAGAUGAGCACGAGGAGGAAGAGAGUGUGUACACAGACAAAGAGCAGUAUCGUCAACAUAAUAACAUCAGAAGAAAAAGGAAGAAAAGCUUUACUUCAGGGGCUGCUUAUGGACCCUACAGUGUUAGCAGAGAUGAUGACAUGGACGGUGCUCGCUGGGGGGCUACCAAAAAGGCUUCUCAGCCUUGUCGGCAUGAUGGAUCUUCCAAACCAUUGCCUCAAGCAGCACACUCCUCUGCAGGAUUCUCUCACACCAGUACAAACCAAAGAACUGAUGCUCUUUAUGACUCCCCAGCUGCAUCGUUAGGUCCAAAACGUAUUACAGCCAAUGAUGGUAUAUGUUCAAAACCCAGGGGAGCAAAUAAAGAGGAUUCUGCUAAACCAAGUGCCAAGCCUCAGCCCUUUACACCAUCGUUCUCUCCUCAACAUGCCAGAAAGUCUAAUCAGGAAGCCCUGGACUCCAAGUGGACUCAGUUUCUUCCUUCUGUCUGUGUUGAAAACAACAGCAAUGAGUAUGUGAACGUAGACCACACAGCAUUGGCUGCAUGCCCGGUGAUGCCUGUUGCCACAGAUGCAUUUGAAACCACAGGCUGUAUGAGUAGUGGAGAAAGUGAAGCUGAAAAGAUGACGGUUUUUGAAAAACUGAGUUACUGUGUGACUGGAAAUGUGUGCAAACAGCCUAACAGUCCUACCAUCACAUCAAGACCUGUUGGCUCUCCAAAACCUGUGUGUGUUCAGCCACUGCCCAUCAAAAGACCAUGUCCUCCAGCCUUUUCUUUUAGCACAUUAUUCCAUACAGAUGAGGACUUUGAUGACACAUAUUAAUCUAUCAUGCAGAUGUUGUUAAAAAUGGACAAUCUACCUAAAUGUGGGAUACUUUGUCAUGAUAUUUAAAAAGACACCAUAAUGUAUACUGUACAUGUUAACAUUUUAAAAUAAUCCAAAGACAUUAAGUGCUUUGCAGACAAUUUAUUUGACAGAGAAGGCAGGAAAGUGUGUAAAAGUAUAGAAUAUAACAAUUCUUUUCCAUUUUGACUAACAAAUAUACUCCAUUAGUAUUCUUUAUAGAAUGAAAUGAUGA